AUGGAGCGCACCAAUUUAGUGCUGCCGCCCAUCAACAAUGCCACCUUACGUUCUUGGUAUCACCAAAGGGAGAGACGUCAAGAUGUGACACAGCUGUUACUCGGUGCCACUCUCCCUGGGGCCAAGCUCUCAACCGCACCAGAUCUCCCAGAGGCACGCCCCAAGCCAGUGCAACCCUCCCUCCUGCAUGGCCUGGUGGAGAUGGGAGUAUCUCUGGAAGAAAACAGAGCUGGCCAGGAGGUCACCUCAACCAGGGCAAAAAAAGGGAGUGCCAUGCCCUUCAGUAUUCAACCAUCUUUUGCUGUGCCCAAGUCUACCUCCUGGUACCAAAAAAUUAAUGAAAAAAAAGAAAAAAAAUGAAACAAAACAGUGCUUUUAAAAAAUAUAAAUAAAUAAAAAUUGUUGAAAAUUGUUUGUCUACUGCUGUCAGAUUUAGGUUUAGUUAUUUUUCUUAAAGUUGUGUUGAUUAGAUGCCAUUUAAUUUGAUACUUGGAUUUUUGUAACUUAGAAAUAAUAACAGCUCUACUGCUGUCAUCUUAAGGGUUUUUUUAAGUUAAUUAAAUUAAAGUUCAGGUAAAUUGAUACUCAAAUGGAUUUAUUCUAGGGUUUCUGUACUUUUGUCCAGGACUGCCUGGCUGAUUAAGGUGUAGGUGACCUUGUUCCAUCCAGUAACAUCCCCCUCUUCCUAGGGUUUCUGUAAUUUGCACAUAGUUUUAUACAUAUUCCUUCCAGGAUUCUGUUUAUGGCAGGAGAAGCGGCAGGUACCCCUGCACCCAGAAAACUUC